AUGAUCAUUAAUAAGGCAGAUAACUACACAAUACAAAUCUAUAAGACAUCUACUGAGAAAACAAUAAGUGGUUUAAAUGAGGCCAGUGCAAAUUUUUCGAUUGAUCGUGAGGUUUUGAAGCAACUAAUUGACCAGGAUAUUGAAAGAAUAAAAACCAGAUUAAUAGAAUUUGCUGUAUACAUGAGGGAAAUAAAGUUAAAUGGUGUAGUUAAAAGCACGCAGGCAAGUUCUCCUGGCGAAGGAAUAUUAAAUAUAGCCAAAGAAUUAAACGCAGACAUGAUUGUAACUGGAUGUAGAGGACAUGGUACAUUUCGCAGAACAUUUCUUGGAAGUGUUAGUGGUUUCAUACUACACCACGCGCACAUACCAGUCAUGACCAUUCCACAUCCACAUCACAAAGAAGGCCACCAUCACAAACCUUAGUAUUUAACAUAACUUGUUUGUGAACAUUGCACUGUCAACGACCACGAUGCUGCAGCUGGAAACAACAAUUUUGUAUACUAGUAGUUUAUUUAAUCUAUUUACCAACACUGCGGUGGAUAGUAGUCUCAUUGGCAAUCAUACCACAUAUAAUUGUACUUUCAUUUUUAAGAUACAUUGAAAGGCACAAGCUAUGAUAUAAAAAACCAGAGAUACAGAUGAGUUGGUGUGUUUGUGUGCGUGUAAGUACGUGUUUGAUUGGUUUGAUUAAUAAUCAAUUCCAUGCAUCUUCUUUAUAUAUAUCAGUUAAUUAUUUGUAAUGAAUGUGACUGUUUUGGAUUAAUGUAUGCAGUUAACAGUAAUUAUCUUGAUAUGAUAUAUACAUUCAAGUAUUCUACCUCUAACAUCAAUACCUCUUUACCGACGUAUAUCAUACUGAAGUGAAAUAUACUUUCGUGCAAUUUGAGGAUAAUCUUAACAGGGAGUAUAAGUUCAAAUCAUUUGAAAAUUUAAAAAAAAACGAAGAGCAGACUGGUAAUAAUAAUCAUACACUACAAUGGAAUACAAUUUUUAUUUGGGCUUCACAAGGAAUAUGGACUCAUAUUCCCUGUUAAUGAUGUGUACCCAAUUGAAGAUAUAAAAAACAUGUAAUAUUGGUAAAUAUAUAUGUAUAUAUGUAUGUAAAUAAAUGUUGAUGAUUUAGUGUUACUUACUUGAAAAAAGUAAAACCAUAAUUAUUUG